CUGCACUCAUGCUGCAGCCGUGAGCCCCACUCGGCUGCCUCGUGAUCGGACCGCGGCGUGGGCGCCGAGCUCUGGCCAUGCCGCUGAAACACUGCCUCCUCCUGCUGCUGGGCUGCCAGACCUGGGCUGCCGCCUCGGCCUACUACAGCUGCCCCAGCGAGUGCACGUGCUCCCGGGCCUCGCAGGUGGAGUGCACGGGCGCGCGCAUUGUGGUGGUGCCCACGCCCCUGCCCUGGAACGCCAUGAGCCUGCAGAUCCUGAACACGCACAUCACCGAGCUCAAUGAGUCCCCGUUCCUCAACACCUCGGCCCUCGUCGCCCUGCGCAUUGAGAAGAACGAGCUGUCCAACAUCCUGCCCGGGACCUUCCGCCACCUGGGCUCGCUGCGCUACCUGAGCCUGGCCAACAACAAGCUGCAGGUCCUGCCCAUCGGCCUCUUCCAGGGCCUGGAAAACCUCGAGUCGCUGCUGCUGUCCAGCAACCAGCUGGUGCAGAUCCAGCCGGCGCACUUCACACAGUUUAGCAAUCUCAAGGAACUGCAGCUGCACGGGAACCACCUGGAGUACAUCCCCGAUGGCGUCUUCGACCAUCUGGGCGGGCUCACCAAGCUCAAUCUGGGCAAAAACAGCCUCACCCAGCUCUCCCCGCGCAUCUUUCAGCACCUGGGCAACCUGCAGGUGCUGCGGCUGUACGAGAAUAGGCUGGCGGACAUCCCCAUGGGCACCUUUGACGGGCUGGGCAGCCUGCAGGAGCUGGCCCUGCAGCAGAAUCAGAUCGGUGCGCUGUCGCCUGGGCUUUUCCACAACAACCGCAACCUGCAGCGUCUCUACCUGUCCAACAACCGCAUCUCGCAGCUGCCGCCCGGCAUCUUCAUGCAGCUGCCCCAGCUCAACCGGCUCACGCUUUUUGGCAAUGCCCUCAAGGAACUGUCCCCGGGCAUCUUUGGGCCCAUGCACAACCUUCGCGAGCUCUGGCUCUAUGACAACCACAUCGCCUCCCUGCCCGACAACGUCUUCAGCAACUUGCACCAGCUGCAGGUGCUGAUCCUCAGCCGCAACCAGAUCGCCUUCAUCUCCCCCGGCGCCUUCAAUGGGCUGGGCGAGCUGCGCGAGCUGUCCCUGCACACCAACGCGCUUCGAGACCUGGACGGGAGCGUGUUCCGUGCACUGACCAAUCUGCAGAACAUCUCCCUGCAGAACAACCGCCUCCGCCAGCUGCCGGGCAGCCUCUUUGCCCACGUCAACGGGCUCAUGACCAUCCAGCUGCAGAACAACCAGCUGGAGAACCUGCCGCUGGGUAUCUUUGACCACCUGGGCCACCUGUGUGAGCUGCGGCUCUACGACAACCCCUGGCGGUGCGACGGGGACAUCCUGCCACUCCGUAACUGGCUCCUGCUGAACAGGGCCAGGCUGGGGACAGACACCCUCCCGGUGUGCUCCAGCCCGGCCAGUGUCCGAGGCCAGUCCCUCAUCAUAAUCAACGUCAAUGUCGCCGUCCCCAGCAUCCAGGUUCCAUCCAUCCACGAGGUGCCCACUUACCCCGAGACGCCUCAGUACCCGGAUAUGCCCAACUACCCCGACGUCACAUCCGUCUCCACCACCACGGAGAUCACCACCAGUUCCAUAGAGAACUUCACUGACCUGACCACCAUCGGGAGCACUGACACCCGCGACACAGAUGACACGACCCAGAGCGGGCUGGCCAUCGCUGCCAUCGUCAUCGGCAUCGUGGCCCUGGCCUGCUCGCUUGCCGCCUGUAUCUUCUGCUGUUGCUGCAAGAAGCGGAGCCAGGCGGUCAUGAUGCAGAUGAAGGCUCCCAACGAGUGUUAGGGGCAGGGGAAGCGGGCUCAGGCGGGGCAACACAGCAGGACCCGGGAGUGUGAUGCUGCAGCCCACAGCCCUGGGCCACGCAGCAGCCAGGCUUCGGGGAGAAGUGGUCAGGCAGGACCUUGUGCCCCAGCGAAAUCCGCCGGGUCACUGGGAAAUCUGGGGGAUCCCCAGCUUGAGUGCUUGGUCCCCACCUUCUCUCCAAGAACCGCUGUCGCCUUAGCCUGUGCCCAUGCGGUGCAGUCGCUGGCUGCGGGAACACUUCGGGGACAGCCUUCUCCUCCAGGGGCUCUGGAAGUCCGUGCCCCCGCUCUCGCUUCGCUCCAGCUCUGAUAGAAACUCCCCCUUGAUUUCUGCUUCUGAAACCAGGGCAAGCCCUCUGCCCCGGGGAGGCUGAGAACCAGGCUGCGGGUUUCUUCCCCGCCGGGAAGUGCCCCGGCUCCACCGCAGCAGGAAGCCCAACCUCCUGCCUCAGGACAGCACUGUCUCUGCGUCUUUCCAGUGACUGUCACCUGGAGGAGGAGGCAGGUGCCAGCAUGAUGGUUCUGCCUUGUAGAGAAUUUUCAAACUUGGAAAAUGUUAGCCUUUAUGGAAUAAAAUCAUGUAGAGUUUCUGAUAUCUAAAAA